AACGAGGUUCGGCAUCCUCCUGUCUCUCCUCAUUCCCUAUCUUUCUUUCGUUUGCACGUUUCCUUUCGCGUACCUUCUUCCGCCUGGACCGCACUCGACGGAGGCACAUGCGACUCGGCGGCAGAUUCAAUUUGCGCGCGUGCCACCCGGGACGAGAGAAUCUAUGAUUUGCCAGUGAUUUGCGUGGGUCAAGGACUGCCAUUUCGUAUUGCGAUUUAUUUACGAAUCGCCGGAGUUUACGCCAGUGAUUUCCGUAGACGUACGGCUACCGCUUCUCUAGAUAUGGCCCAGACUUAUAAUCAGAAGAGGAAUGUAUACAGCAUCGAUCAGAUAUUGGGUCACGCCAAAGAUGAAGACCACGCGACGUCGUCUGACGCUGUGGUCGACGGUGGCGAUACAGAGCUCGGUCAUCUGAGCGAUCAUCAGAUCAACGACUCGCUGCACGAUCCCUUGAAUCUGGGCGAAUCCGACCGGCCACGCAAGGUGCGAAGAUCGCGCACCACUUUCACGACCUAUCAGCUGCACGAGCUCGAGAAGGCCUUCGGGAACACGCAGUACCCGGACGUGUUCACCAGGGAGGAGCUGGCGAUGAGGCUGGACCUUUCGGAGGCCAGAGUACAGGUGUGGUUUCAAAAUCGACGUGCAAAAUGGCGCAAGAAGGAAAAGGCCUUAGGCAGAGACACGAGUUUCAUGCACGUCGAGCAAGGAGGUGUUAACGAGCUGUCCCUUCACGCGCGGCUGCUGCAAACGGCCAGCGGCGUCCCCGGCGCGGACUCGUCGGGUCCGCCGACGGGCGCGUUCCCCUGGUUCAUACCUCCGGUUUUCCCGUCGCCCUGGCCACCGAGCGCGCCCAAGCUGCCGCCGUUGCACGCCCUCCUGUCGCAAUACAUCGGCCUGCCGUUGCCGCAGAACCUGGCGUCGCUCGGCACGAUGCUCCCGGUCGGCCUGAAUCCGAGCUCGUCGCUGAACCACAGCAACGUGAACGGCCACACCCUGGGCGGCCACUUGCACGGGCAUCCCCUGAACCUCGGGGUGCAGAGCAUACCGCAGAACCUGAGCUCGAAGAACGACAGGGAGGAGGACUCGGCGUCGUCCGACGACGAGAUCAGGAAGCAGAGCGCGGAAGUGCUGAGAGUGAAGGCGGAAGAGGCGUUACGCAAGGCGGACAAUUAACUGUGAGAGCUUACGGAUUUUUGUAAAUACGAAGGACCUGCUCGGUUCACCCGAGAGCCGUUUGAUACCAACGUAAAAAUAUUUCGUUCGGCCGUCAACACCCGCGAACCUAUAGUAUCCUGUAUGCGUCGGAAGAUUAUUUCGUUUGUCAGGCUGCAAGAGUACGGAUUCGUGUCGUUCGUGCAAUUCGGUAGGUAUUUUAAUACGCGAUGCGUCCCGGAAGGAAACGCUCUCGCCAAUGGAUUCUAAAGUUAAGAAAAAUAAAGACUCUACCCCGCGACAAAGAAUCCGUUAGUGAAUUAUUUUUGCAUUUUCUCCCGGGAUUCUCUGUAGAAUCUGGAUCUAGGAUUCGAGUAGUGUGUAUUCGAGUAGAAAGCAGAGACAACAUUUGAUACACAGUUGGAUAUUUGUUGUGACGUGUCGGUGGUAUUGUUAAUUUUCAACACAUUCGAUCGGCAGUGUAGUCCAAUCGAUAGAUCGUUGAAUGACGUACACAGCUUCAGCGCCAAUUAGAUAUUCACGUAAGACGCAAUAAUAAGUUUACCAGUCAUUGAUCAAUAAUUAGUUGCUGACUGAAUAUACGCAGACUUUUCGUCUAGAAUCAUAGAGACUCGAGGAUCGCAAAUUGGUUUAUUUGAAUGUGUUCUUAAACAAAAAAGCGAACUUGAAACGGCAAAAACGAAAAUGUAUGAUUUUGAAUAACACAACAAUGUGACAGAGACUUUAAAUGGAACAAAUGGGGUGGAAUUUCUCCUAUUCAGAAAUAUUUAGCAAAAGUAAUAGAGAAGAAUUUAUAUUAUUUUCUA